UUUUCCUCCGAGUCUUUUGAAGUGUCAUUAAUUCAGAAGUGCUACACCAAACUGCCUAGAAACGUGAUAAAAAACGUGAUUGUUAGUCUUGCAGCAUGUGGACACACAUACAGUGCAUUAAUCCUGUUUCAGUGGGUAAUUCUUUCGGUAGUAUUGACUGCUGCUGGGGUUAUGAUUGCAGCGCUGGGAGAUUUUUCUUUUGACCUUGUUGGAUAUAGCAUGGCCUUUACUUCUGUUUUCUUCCAGACCAUGUACCUUGUGUUGGUGGAGAAGUCUGGUGCAGAGGACGGACUUUCAUCAGUCGAGAUCAUGUUCUAUAACAGCUUUUUGUCUUUACCAUUUCUGGUAUUUCUUAUCAUAGCUACAGGAGAGUUUCCAGAUUCUUUGUCAUUGUUAUUUGCAAAGGUCAGGAUCUUAACCUAUGUUCACUAUGUUUUAAUACUGUUCUUGAAUGUGUUGGAAAGCAGAAAUCUUUGUUUUUAAUGCUUAGGCAAGGAAUACACAAUGCUUCAAUAAAUUGUGAAUGCUUGAAACUGUUUUCUUGUAAUUAAAGCAAUGAAAUUGAAAAAUUGGAAGGCAUGUUUUUCUUC